AUGCGGCCCUCGAUUGCGCUCCGCAGCUCCACGGUCCGAUUGACACUCUUCACUAGGGCGAACUGCGGGCUCUGCGACGUAGCCAAGUCGCGCAUCGUCGAGUUCAAGAAGCAGCGGCCCGUUGAUUACGUGGAGGUUGACAUUAUGAGUCCAGGUCAAGAGAAAUGGAAGGCUGUCUACGACUUCGACGUUCCCGUCCUACACGUGGACAAGGGUGCUGGCAAAGCAGACAGCUCGAAUGGGCCGACCCUCGACGCCGCGAAGAAACUUAUGCACCGGUUUACAGUGCAGGAGGUGGAAGCUGCUGUUGAAGAGGUGGAAGCUGCAUCAACUUGA